AUGUCUUUCCCAACUUUUACUUGCUACCUCAUCUUGUCUUUUUCAUGUGCCGUACUUAAUCUCGCACCUACGGUUUCGCACUUUAUACAAGGGCACUCAGGACCCGCUUCCUUUGGCAUUUGGGUCAUUUUGCUCAAUGCAUGCGCUUUCAUCAACGGUAUCGUAUGGAAAGACGAUGCUAUGGAUCGUGCUCCGGUAUUCUGCGAUGUUACUGCAAAGCUCAAUCUCGUGGGGCCAGUGGGUCUCUUGACCUCAAAUUGGUGUAUCAUUCAAUAUCUUGCCAAGAUUCUUACUGCCAGCAAGUCUCUCGAGUGCCGUAAGGCUUCAAAGCAACGGGCGAUAAGGGAUUAUCUGAUGUCUUUCGGGAUUCCGGCAAUGAUCGCUUUAGCGUCUGUCAUCUUCCAGGUCGCGAGGUAUCAGGUGGAUAGUCUAGUGGGUUGCUCCCACGUCUCGGCCCUCACCUGGCCUACAAUGUUCCUUUUCUUGAUUUGGCCUCCAAUCAUCUGCGGGGUCUCUUGUGGAUAUUCUGCCUAUGUGUUGUAUUGGCUGAUCCGCCAGCACACAAAACUCAGAGCACUAGUUACAAAAUCGACCAAUCCUUUGAAUUUGCACCGCUUUGUCCGAAUGUGCGUCCUAGCUGCGACGUACUUAUGCAUCUCGGCGCCGGUUGCUAUUUGUGGGACUCUGGCAACAGUGUGGGAUAUCGGGCCUUACCUGCCUUGGCAAUCUUGGUACGCUUUGCACGACACAGACAACCAGUUGUCUCGGAUUCGUCAAAAUCCUUUGUACCAACUUCAAGCCCGUGACUGGGUACCUAUUACCGCUGGACUGGCUAUUUUCUUCUUAUUUGCCUUUGCAAACGAGUCCCUCAAUGUGUACCAGGCUCUACUUCGGCGAGCUCACGCGAAUUUCUGGCCAAUGAACUUGGAAUCCGGGAGUGAUCAAAAAGCUCCCAGCCUAAAAGUUGGACUACCAUGCGGCAAACCAGCACGUGAUAAUUAUGUAGUCCUCCGACUGGGAUUUUGA